CAUGCAUCCUUCCUUCUUCCUGGCUACCCUUUGCCUGGGAAUAGCAUCAGCUGCUCCACAAGUCAAUCAGAGCUUAGAUGAACAAUGGUCCCAGUGGAAGGCAACACACGGGAAACUAUAUAGCAUGGAUGAAGAAGGACAGAGGAGAGCAGUGUGGGAGAGGAAUAUGCAAAUGAUUGAACAGCACAAUUGGGAACACAGCCAAGGGAAACACAGCUUCACAAUGGCAAUGAAUGGCUUUGGUGACAUGACCAGUGAAGAAUUCAAGCAGGUGUUGAGUGACCUUAAAAUCCAGAAACACAAAAAGGGGAAAGUGUUCCAAGCACCUCUCUUUGCUGAGAUCCCUUCAUCUGUGGACUGGAGAGAGAAAGGCUAUGUAACUCCUGUGAAGAAUCAGGGUGACUGUCAUUCUUGUUGGGCUUUUAGUGCAACUGGUGCCCUUGAAGGACAGAUGUUCCGGAAAACUGGCCAACUUGUUUCACUGAGUGAGCAGAACCUGGUGGACUGCUCUUGGUCUCAAGGCAAUAAGGGCUGCCAUGGUGGCCUAAUGGAUAAAGCCUUCCAGUAUGUUAAGGACAAUGGGGGACUGGACUCAGAGGAAUCCUAUCCAUAUCAUGCACGGAACGAAUCCUGCAAAUACAAGCCUGAGAAUUCUGUUGCCAAUGUGACUGCCUUCUGGAGUGUCGUAAACAAGGAGGAUGGCCUAAUGACCACAGUGGCAACUGUGGGGCCUGUCUCUGCUGCUGUAGAUGCAAGCCUGAAUUCCUUCCAGUUCUAUAAAAAAGGCAUUUAUUAUGAUCCAAAGUGCAGCAAUAAACGCCUGAAUCACGGUGUUCUGGUGGUUGGUUAUGGCUUUGAAGGAGAAGAAUCAGAUAACAAAAAAUACUGGAUUGUCAAGAACAGCUGGGGUGCAAAGUGGGGCAAACACGGCUACAUACUCAUGGCCAAGGACCGGGACAACCACUGUGGAAUCGCCACCAUGGCCAGCUUUCCUAUCGUGUGAGAUGAUGGUGUAAAGAAGACCUUGACUGGCAACAAAUUAUCCAGAAAAUGGGUUUUAUUUUCAAGCCUACCACACCCUGCUGUGUGGGGUGAAACACUUGAAUCAUUUAAAAACCAAGUUGUGAUUUGAUUGUGUGACAUUUUUCACUGUGAAUGUUACCACUUCACUCAUUACUGCUGUAAAUACUUUUGUAUGAGUGACUAGUCUAGUAACUUUUGAAUUUUCAAGUUUCUUUUAAAAAUGUAUGAAAUUUUACUCUUUAAAAGUGAAACAACUGCAGGGGUGCCUGGGUGGCUCCGUUCGUUGA